ACAGCUUUAGAAUACACAAUGACAGAAGAAAACAUUUCUAUAGAAGAUGUAAAGGCGUCAAAUGGCGAAGCGCACCUGGACGUUCCGCCGCACGCCAACGGCUUGAGUGAGCACCGGAGGAGCGAGCCGGAGAGCACCGCGCAGAAAGUGAAGCGCUUCGUCCUGGCCAAUCUGUUGGUCAUCCUCACUGUGUCCGCGGUCAUUGUCGGCGUACUGAUCGGCCUCGGGGUGCGAAACGCCGGGUUGAGCCGCACGCAGAUUAUCUACUUCGGCUUCCCCGGAGAGCUGCUCAUCCGCCUGCUUAAAAUGAUCAUCAUCCCUCUGGUGGUCUGCAGUCUGGUGUCCGGCGCGGCCAGCAUUGACCCUAAAGCCCUGGGCAAGCUGGGCGGCUGGGCGAUGCUCUUCUUUCUGGUGACCACUCUGAUCGCCUCUGCCAUCGGCGUUAUUAUGGCGUUCAUCAUUCACCCUGGCUCCAGCGAUGGCAAGAUGUCCCAGCUCAACGCGCAGGACGACAGCUCGGUUCCCGAAGCCAAAGAUGUCAUCGAUUCAUUUCUAGACCUGAUAAGAAACAUCUUCCCAUCUAACUUGGUUGCAGCUGCUUUUCAGUCGUAUGCCACUGGUUACAAGUUUGUCAAAAAUGAUACCAACUCUAGCGUCUUAUUGGAAAAGGUUCCAGUCGGUACAGAUGUGGAUGGCAUGAACAUUCUGGGUCUUAUUGUGUUUGCCAUGGCCUUUGGUGUGGCUUUGAGGAAGCUUGGAGAGGAAGGAGUGAUCCUUAUGAAGUUCUUCAACUCUUUCAAUGAGGCCACCAUGGUGCUGGUCUCCUGGAUCAUGUGGUAUGCACCUCUGGGUAUUAUGUUCUUGGUUGCUGCCAAGAUUGUGGAAAUGGAGGAUGUUAGCUUGCUGUUCACCAGCUUGGGGAAGUACAUCGCCUGCUGUGUCAUUGGUCAUGCCAUCCACGGGCUCCUCGUCCUUCCUCUCAUUUACUUCAUAAUUACACGGAAGAACCCCUACACUUUCUUGCUGGGAUUGGUCACUGCUUUGGCUACUGCAUUCGGAACCUCCUCCAGCUCUGCAACAUUGCCCCUAAUGAUGAAGUGUGUUGAGGAAAACAACGGCGUGUCCAAGCACAUCAGUCGCUUCAUCCUGCCCAUAGGUGCAACCGUCAACAUGGACGGAGCUGCAUGUUUCCAGUGCGUCGCUGCUGUGUUUAUCGCUCAGCUGAACGGGAUCCCACUGAACUUUGUGCAGGUCAUCACUAUCCUUGUGACUGCGACGGCGUCCAGUGUGGGGGCUGCUGGGAUUCCUGCUGGAGGAGUGUUGACGCUGGCCAUCAUUCUGGAGUCAGUGGGGCUGCCAACCAAUGACCUGUCCCUCAUCCUGGCUGUGGACUGGCUUGUUGAUCGCACAUGCACAGUCAUCAAUGUUGAAGGUGAUGCCUAUGGAGCAGGUCUUCUCCAGUAUUUGAUUGAUCGCCAUCCCAACAAAAACGAGGAGGAGGAGCUGGAUAAGAUACGAGUAGAAGAGGAUGAUGCCACUCCCAAACCAGAAAUUCGUCCACUCAUCGAAAAACAGGGCAACUUUGAACCAGAAGAGGCCGCUGGACCCAAACCUUGUGAAAAAGAGUCCGUCAUGUAGACUUUUCUG